AUGAAGGGUGUUGUUAUAGCUUUAGUGAUGGUGGUGGUGGCCAUGUUGGUCUUGGUUAAACCGGGGCAGGCCACAGUCACUUGCCAACAAGUGGCGUCAUCUGUCGCUCCCUGCGUUCCAUAUCUCACCAGUGGCACUGGUAGCCCACCCACGGCGUGUUGCAAUGGGGUUUCGGGUCUGAAACAGCUCGCUUCAACCACCAAAGACAGGCGUGCAGCCUGCCAAUGCCUCAAGGACACCGCAGAUCACUACCAAAACAUCAAGGAAGACGUCGCAGCUGGUCUCCCCACUGCGUGUAAAGUCCAAAUCAACGUUCCCAUUUCUAGGAGUGUCAAUUGCAACGAUGUGCAGUAA